CUCUUCAUGCCUCCCAACAAUGUGACUGAAUUCGUUCUCUUGGGACUAACACAAAACCCACACUUGCAGAAAAUACUCUUCAUUGUCUUUCUGUUCAUCUUCCUAUUUACUGUGCUGGCCAAUCUGCUCAUUGUCAUUACCAUCUCCCUCAGCCCCACUCUUUCAGCUCCCAUGUACUUCUUUCUCACUUAUUUGGCCUUCAUAGAUGCCUCCUUCACAUCUGUCACCACCCCCAAAAUUACCAUUGAUCUGCUGUACCAGAGGAGAACCAUCUCCUGGCAUGGCUGCCUGACUCAGCUCUUUUUGGUACACUUCCUGGGAGGAUCAGAGGUCAUCCUUCUCAUUGUCAUGGCCUAUGACCGGUAUGUGGCCAUUUGCAAGCCUCUGCACUACACGACCAUCAUGCAACGGGGGCUCUGCCAGCUCCUGGUGGUGGUGGCCUGGAUCGGGGGAAUACUGCAUGCCACUGUGCAGAUUCUUUUCAUGGUCAACUUGACCUUCUGUGGUCCCAGUGUCAUUGACCACUUCAUGUGUGAUUUCUUCUCACUGUUGGAACUUGCCUGCAGCGAUACCUAUGAGAUUGGUAUGGUGGUGGCAGCCAACAGUGGGGGCAUGAGCUUGCUCAUUUUUUCCUUGCUAAUUAUCUCCUACAUAGUCAUCCUGAGCUCCCUGAGAUCCCAUGGCUCUGAAGGUAGACGUAAAGCCCUCUCCACAUGUGGUGCCCAUUUUACAGUAGUGGUAUUCUAUUUUGUCCCUUGUAUAUUCAGCUACACACGUCCUGUGACUACUUCCCCUGCAGACAAGUUGGUGACUGUGUUCUUUGCAAUCCUCACUCCCAUGUUAAAUCCUGUCAUUUACACAGUGAGAAACACAGAGGUGAAAAAUGCCAUGAGAGCUUUGUUGAAGAGGAGAGUAAGUUAG